GAAAGUGCGGCGGAAAGUAAGAGGCUAGUCGGGGAAGGCUGCCAGGAUCUGGAUCUCCUGGGCUCAGCUUGGACCAGGGCUCGGAAAGAGGCAGUGGCCGGCCACCCUGCACCCAUCCCGUCGCUGUCGCGGAGCCCGCUGGGCUAGCCCAGGAAGGAUGGGACUACUGUGGUGUUUGAUGAGUCUGUACUUCUAUGGGAUCCUUCAGAGUCAUGCCUCAGAACGCUGUGAUGACUGGGGACUAGAUACCAUGCGACAAAUCCAAGUGUUUGAAGAUGAGCCAGCUCGCAUCAAGUGUCCCCUCUUUGAACACUUCUUGAAGUACAACUACAGCACGGCCCAUUCCUCUGGCCUUACCCUGAUCUGGUACUGGACGAGGCAAGACCGGGACCUGGAGGAGCCCAUUAACUUCCGCCUCCCGGAGAAUCGCAUCAGUAAGGAGAAAGAUGUGCUCUGGUUCCGGCCCACCCUCCUCAAUGACACAGGCAAUUACACCUGCAUGUUGAGGAAUACUACGUAUUGCAGCAAAGUUGCAUUUCCCCUGGAAGUCGUUCAGCAGGGCAGAUGCUUCAAUUCCCCCAUGAGACUCAUGGUGCAUAAAGCGUAUAUCGAACACAGUACUCAUAACAUCACGUGCCCAAAUGUGGAUGGAUACUUUCCUCCCAGUGUCAAACCAACCGUCACUUGGUAUAAGGGUUGUACUGAAGUAGUGGAUUUUCAUAAUGUAGUACCUAAUGGUAUGGACUUGACCAUUUUCAUCCCCUUGGUCUCAAAUAAUGGAAAUUAUACGUGUGUUGUUACAUAUUCUGAAAAUGGACGCCUCUUUCACCUCACCAGGACUGUGAGUGUAAAGGUGGUAGGCUCGCCAAAAGAUGCAUUACCACCCCAGAUCUAUUCUCCGAAUGAACGUGUUGUCUAUGAGAAAGAACCAGGAGAGGAGCUUCUCAUCCCCUGUAAAGUCUAUUUCAGUUUUCUCAUGGAAUCCCACAAUGAGAUCUGGUGGACCAUUGAUGGAAAGAAGCCUGAGGAUGUUACUGCUGAUGUAACUACUAAUGAAAGUAUAAGUUAUUCUGCAACAGAAGAUGAAACAAGGACUCUGGUGUUGAGCAUCAAGAAAGUCACCCCUGAGGAUCUCAGGCGCAACUAUGUCUGUCAUGCUCGAAAUACCAAAGGGGAAGCUGAGCAAGCAGCCAAGGUGAAACAGAAAGUAAUACCGCCAAGGUACACAGUGGAACUCGCCUGUGGUUUUGGAGCCACGGUCUUUCUGGUGGUGGUUCUUAUUGUGGUCUACCAUGUUUACUGGCUGGAGAUGGUUCUCUUUUACCGGGCUCAUUUUGGAACAGAUGAAACAAUUCUUGAUGGAAAGGAGUAUGAUAUUUAUGUUUCCUAUGCAAGAAAUGCUGAAGAAGAGGAAUUUGUGUUACUGACACUCCGUGGCGUUUUGGAGAAUGAAUUUGGAUACAAGCUGUGCAUCUUCGACAGAGACAGCCUGCCUGGUGGAAUUGUCACAGACGAGACCUUGAGCUUCAUUCAGAAAAGCAGACGCCUCCUGGUUGUCCUAAGCCCCAACUACGUGCUCCAGGGAACACAAGCCCUCCUGGAGCUCAAGGCGGGCCUAGAAAAUAUGGCCUCCCGGGGCAACAUCAACGUCAUUUUAGUACAGUACAAAGCUGUGAAGGACAUGAAGGUGAAAGAGCUGAAGAGGGCUAAGACGGUGCUCACGGUCAUUAAAUGGAAAGGGGAGAAAUCCAAGUAUCCACAGGGCAGGUUCUGGAAGCAGCUGCAGGUGGCCAUGCCAGUGAAGAAGAGUUCCAGGUGGUCUAGCAGUGACAAGCAGGGCCUAUCCUAUUCAUCCCUGAAAAAUGUAUGAAAGGGAAAAUGAAGGGGUGAAAAAGAACAAAUGGGCUCAUGGAAGGAAGAGCCCCCUUUUUCCCUCCUAGGCUGUGGCUUCAUAGAUAGAUAAAAGAACACUGUCUAAGCCCCUCAUACGAAAAUAUCCUAGGGACUGUGUGGCUGGCAGUUCUGCUUCUCAGGCAAUCCUAAGGGUUAGAGUGAUGUCUCUACAGUCUGUCACCAGUUCUAAAGCCAUGGCGAUCUUUGCAAGUAAAGAUGUGUCCGGUGCAUCCUCCAUCUCUGUUCCUCCCUCUAUUUUAAUCUUUUUGUAAAAAUUUCAUCGUUGUGGAGCCACUUUGCCCAGUGACUCAAAACUCCUUUAAUGAUAGGUUACCUGCUGACAGGAGUAUUACCUGUUUCUCAGUAGGAUUUUUCCUUUAAUUUUAUUUUAUUUUCAGUCAUCCAUUAAACAUAUGAUCAGGGACUGAAUCUAUUUCCACUGAGGAUAAUUCACUCCCUUGCUUAUUUGUCUAUUGAAUCCGCCACCUCAGCAAGACUAACAGUCAAACUACAGCUGUACCUCAUGACUGAUUAAGUGUCAUACUGCUUUCCAGCUACUAAACUACAUUUGCCCUCAUCUCAGGUAAUGGAUAUCAUAUUUAUAAACUUGAAAAAGGCAUGGCUUUUGUUUUUAUCAUAGUAAUUUCUCAAUGGUGUACAGAUAGAUAAGUCCAUACUUGUCACUACAUCUUCCUACCUAUUGUAUCCAUCAUACACAUUUCACAGGUGGCACCAAGCUUUUAAUGGUGCUAAUGGAAAGUGAGAAAACAUAAAAAUGCUCUCAGGGCAUUUUUGACACGGGAAGAGAGCAUAUAACAAGAUGCUUGCAAUUUGUCUUUUAAUUCCAACCCUACUAAUGUGAAAACCAGGAAAGUGGUUCAUCCUCACUCAUUCACACCUCUUCAUUAUGAAGUGGAGUGGAGAGGUAGUGAUUUUCCUUUUGGCAUUACUAUUCUAAAAGAAUGACCACUUCCGAUUAUUUAUUCACGAGUACAUGUAGUACCUUGUUCCGAAUGAAUCACCCUGAAAGUCACUAGGUUUUUUUCAGUUUUAAGGUGAAUUUUACUAUUCUUCAGACUUGUAAAAGUGAAAACUAAGUGCAACAUUUACAUUUGGAGUGGCCAGUUUCUGCAACAUGUCUAAUAUGUGUGUAUACAUAUGUAUAUAUACAUAUACAUAUACAUAUACACAUAUUUGAUCUCUGUACAUGUGAAUUUUAUGUGUGCAUGUAUAUAGAAGUUCCCACAAAUUAUGUGUAUGUGUGUAUAUCAACUUGCCUAUAAAUUAUCUGUGGGUAUGUAUUUGGGGCUAUACAUAAUCACACACAUACAACUUGAAACAACCAUUGGUACGAUAUUAAAAGCCGGUAGAAUUCUUGUCCAGUUUUAAAAUUAUGUUUUAAUUUUAAGUGUGAUGGCUUUGUGUUGGUGUUUUCAUUCCAUUACUGUUCGAUUUGUAAAUUUUUGGUUCUCUGUGUAUAGUUAUCAUUGCUCUUGCCUUCCCUGGGUUAGUAUGAAUGACUUACUAUUCCUACAGCUGAUCUGGGGUGCAGGGGUAUCUCUUGUCCAAGGUCCUCCCGUUGUCAUGGAUCACAGCAGAUAGUCACCUGAUAUCAGUUGAUUUUCCCACUAUAUUCCUGCAGACACAGUUAGAGUCUAAGUUAUAUUAAUCUCAGUGCUCAGCUGUGUGGACUGUUGAGUGAUGAAGCAAAACAGGUAUAGGUGUAAAUGAGUCUGAGUGUCCUAUGAAACAUAACUCAUAAUUUAAGGAAGACUUUAUCCAAGUUAAUGUUAAUAAGCAAUUCUAAAAUUAUCUCUUACUUUUAAGUGGUCAUCAGUACGUAUGUCCACGAUAAAUCAUUGCUGUGUGUUAGAAUUAUUGAUUACUCUGAAUUGAAAAGGGUUCCCUUGUGAAUCCCUGACAUAGUACUAUAAUAUAUAGUCAUUCUUGCAUCUAAUUUUUUAAAAAGGUUAAUGCUUUUUGUUAUUUCAAACGAUUACCAUUUCCACUCAUAACCCUUUAAUCACAGUACCAAAUGAAAGCUGCCUCCCACUUCAGGUAUGAGCUCUAGGGAAGCAAGGGCCAAGCUCCUCACCACAGGCCAUUCUCUGCACUGUGCAGUUUCUGCACUGUUGGAGUCUGUAUUCAUCCCAACUGCUAUUACAUUACUAGAAAUGCCUCUGCAGUUUCCUAUUUAUAUUCCUCUUCAUUAUAUUGAGCCUGCUCCCUUGCUAUAGUAUAAAGCAUAUCAAAUCUCAACAACAUAGCUCAUCCUAAGUGAACUUAAUUUCAAGAUUCUUCUCUGUGUUUCAGAAGAUGCUUGAUACAGAACAGCAGAGGGAGGAGAGGGUCACACACUUGUACUUCAGAGAAUGAGAAAAUACAUCAUGUCUCUUAUGAAAAAAAAUCCUCCAUAAUUUUAGAUUUAUGGUAAAGGGAACUUCUGCACCCAGGUUAAUAAAGAACCAUACUAUAUAGAGUUAUAUAGUGUCUACUUACACAGCCACAUGUGACUUAUUUAAUUCUUUUGUACCCUGGGAUCCUAAUAAAAAUGUACUGUCUUAUACUGGGAAACAAAACAUCACUCCACUUAUUACUUACGCAUUUGUUUCCAUAGGUUUUAGUACUUUAAGACCUUCUUUUUAAUUUUAUUCAUAAACAUUGUAUUUUCCAUUUUCAUUUGAUUUGUAUAUUUACAUAUUUUUACAAUAAACCAUUUAUUUUCACCUUUGAA